AUGGAUGCUGAAAUGGAAGAUACUAUAGAUGAUAUGGAGAUACACGGUCAGGAAGAUGAAACAUAUGACAGUUCAUUCUCUUCUCCGGUGGGCCUCUCAAAUGGCGAGAACUUGAUAAAUACUCAUGCCGGUGAACCUGAUGUUCAACAAGAAGAUCAAGAGAAGGGUAAUUUCAUAAAUGAUACCACACGCAGUUCCAGUGAAACUGAUAUAGAUACAAGAAGUUGGGAAGAGAAUAGUUCUACAUAUGAUAGUCCUUUCUCUUCUCCAGUUGGGCUCUCAAGUUUUGAUAACUCGAUCAAUACUCAUGUUGGUGAAACGGAUGUUCAAAUAGAAGACCAGGGGACGGGUAAUUCUGAAAAUGAUACUACAUCCAGUCCCACUGAAACUGAUAGCUCAUACUCCUCUCCAGUACGGGUCUCAAGUCCUGAGAGAUCUAUCACUAAUCAUACUCAUGAACCAGGUAUCUCAAAGGAAGACCGAGAAAUGGGUAAUUCUUUAAAUGAUACUAUACAAAAUUCCAAUGCAACUGAUAUUGGGAUAAGAGUUCCGGAAGAGGAUAAUUCUGCAUAUAACAGUUCAUCCUCUUCUCCAGUUCAGAUUUCAAUGUCUAAAAACGCGGUGAGUACUCUAACUGGUGAGCCAGAUAGUCUGAAAGAAGACCAGGAGAAUGGUACUUUUCUAAAUGAUACACUAUAUUCAACUGAUAUGGAUAAAGGAGGUCACAAAAUGGAUUGUUCCAUCAAAAAUAACCCAUCCUCUUCUGCAGUAAAAGUAUCAAUGCCUGCGAACUCAAAAAAUGAUCAUGCUGGUGAACCAGAUCAUGAAAACAAAUAUCCAGAGAAGGGUAAUUCUGAAAAUGAUGCUACACUCGAUUCCACUUCAACUGAUAUUGAUACAAGUGGUAAGGAAGUGGGUAAUUCUACUGCUAUCAGUGCCCUCACUUAUAAAACAGAUACUCUGAAGGAAGACAAUGAAAAGAUUGAAUUUUCAAAUGAUACUAUACUCAGCUCUACUUCAAAUGACAUUAAGGCAGAUCAGGAAAAGGAUAGUUUUACUACUAAGAGGUCUCCAGUUCGGCUCUCAAUUGCUGAGAAAUCUAUCAAUGCUCUUGCUUUUGAACCAGAUACUGAAAAGGAAGCCCAUGAGAAGAUUGAUUUUUUAGAUGCUACGAUGCUCAGUUCUACUUCAAUUGACGUUAAGACAAGAGAUCAGGAAAACGAUAGUUGUGAGAACUCAACGAAUCCUUUGGCCUUUGAACCAGAUCCUUUAAAGGAAUAUGAUGAGAAGAGUAUUUUCUUAAAUGAUGCUACACAUGGUUCCACUUUAACUGAUGUUGAGUCAAGUGAUCAGGAAGACAAUAAUUCUAUUUCUAACAGGUCUCCAGGUCAAUUCUUAAAUUCUGAUAACGCAGUCAAUAGUCUUGCUUGUAAACCUGAUAAUUCAAAGGUAGAAAAUGAGAAGAGUAAUUUUAUAAUUGAUGCUACAAUCGAUUCCAUGAUAACCAAUGUUGAGAAAAUGGAUCAGACAAAGUAUGAUUCUACUGCUAACAGGUCUCCUGUUCAGCUCUCAGAUUCUGAGAACUCGAUCAAUUCUCUAACUUGUGAACCAGAUACCCCGAAGGAUGAAAGUGAGAAGAGUAACUUAUUUAAUGAAACUACGUUCAAUUCUGUGUCAACUAAUGUUGCAACCAGAGUUCAGGAAGAAGAUAAUUAUACUGAUUUCCGAUCUCCUGUUUGGAUCUCAAAUUCUGAGGACUCGAACAAUGCUCUCUCUUCUGACCCAGAUACUCAAGAGGAAGACGAUGAGAAGAGUAAAUUUAUUGGUGAUGUGACACAAAAUAGUAAUGCCGAUGAAAGUGAGGUUUUUAAUAAUGUGAUAGACGAUACAGAACCAUCUUCUGAAACAAUCACUGUCAAACACGAACCUGCUGAAACCAUGGAAAUGAAACCUAAGGAUAUUAGCGUUAUUACUUCUAAUGAGGAUGAUGGAGAGAUAGGUGAAAGUUCAUCUUCAAAAGAAACAGGUUUCACAAGAACUGACACCGAAGAUGCUACUUCUAAUAAGGAGGCAAAAAGUCUUGUACUUUAUCAAAAUCCAAAAGUGGAUAUUAGCCGGGUUGCUUGGACCGGUAAAGAUUUAGUUCUUACCCGUUUUGUAAAAUUUAAUAGUUUAUACACAGUUUCCAAUAUUUUUCGACAUCUUUCUAAAAGAAAAAGUCGAGAUAAUGAUACUAAUGAAAAAGACAAGAAUAUCAGCGAGGUAAAUUCAAGUGAAAAAGUAAGGAAACCACAAUCGUGUCCCUCUAGUCUAAGUUUGAUAAGAACCGCACAUGAAAAUAGUCAGGGAAACAGAGUGGAGCUAGAUGACGUGGCUCUCGAGUCUCCAGAAUUAAAAGCAAUUAAAGGAAGAAUUGUGUUAUAUACGAAGUUAUGGUGCAAAAGUUGCAAAGAGGUAAGAAUAUUUCUACGUAGGAGAAGUCUCAGAUAUUCUGAAAUAAACAUAGAUGUGUACCCGAGUAGGAAAGUGGAGCUAGAAGAGAUCACUGGCUCUUCAGAUGUCCCAAAAGUGUUUUUUAAUCAGGAUCUUAUUGGAGGAUUGAAUGAGUUGAAGGCGUUAGAUGAAUCAGGUCAACUUGAGGAGAAAAUUGAGUUUGUAACAAGUGAAAUACCAACACCAAAAGCUCCUUUACCUCCAUUUUCAGGUGAAGACGAUGUGUCUAGUAGGAGUCUUGUGGAUGAACUAGCGCUUAUAGUGAAGAAGAUGAAGGAAUCGAUUGUUGUUAAGGAUCGAUUUUAUAAGUUUCGAAGGGUAACAAAUUGUUUUUUGGGUUCGGAUGCUGUAGAUUUUUUGUCAGAAGAUCAAUUCUUGGAGCGACAAGAGGCUAUUGAAUUCGCUCGCAAGCUUGCUAGGGAGCUUUUCUUUAGGCAUGUACUUGAGGAGAAUAUUUUUGAAGAUGGAAAUCACCUUUACCGAUUUUUGGAUCAUGAUCCUAUAAUAAGCCAAUGUCAAAACAUCCCAAGGGGUAUUAUCCUAUUGAAGCGGCAGCCUCUUGCAGAAAUCUCCUAUAGGCUGAGAUUUCUGCUAUACGCCAUCCUUGACGCCUACACAUCCGAAGAUGGAAAGCAUGUUGCUUAUAGAACUAUCCAUGGAAGUGAGGAGUUUGCAAGGUACUUACGGAUUGCAGAAGAACUUCAAAGACUAGAUCUAAACAGAACUGCCAAAGAAGAAAGGCUUGCCUUCUUUAUUAAUCUAUACAAUCUGAUGGCGAUUCAUGCAAUACUUGUAUGGGGUCAUCCAGAAGGAGCAUUUGAAAGAAGGAAAUUGCUUAGUGAAUUCAAAUAUGUUAUUGGUGGGCGUGCGUAUUCCCUUUCUGACAUUCAUAAUGGUGUUUUAAGAUCUAAUCAGAGGGCACCAUAUACUCUCACCAGGCCAUUCCGUAUUAACGACAAGCGCUUCAAGGUGUCUCUUCCCUACCCCGAACCUCUUAUCAACUUUGCUUUGGUUUCUGGGAAUCGAUCCGCACCUGCUCUGCGAUGUUAUUCUCCUAAAACAAUUGACUCGGAAUUGAUGGAGGCUGCUCGCAACUUUAUACGAAGUGGUGCAUUCGUUCUUCAGAUGGACUCCAUGACUGUAUCGGUUAAUAAAAUACUCAAAUGGUAUAGUGUAGAUUUUGGAAAGAAUGUGGUGGAGGUACUGAAACAUGCUUCAAAUUACUUGGAGGUAGAAAAGGCCCGCACACUUUUGGAAUUGCUUGCUAAUAGCACUGAACUGAAAGUUGUUUACCAGCCAUAUGAUUGGAGAUUGAACAGCUAACAUUAACACUUACUGUAAAUGUAAACGAUACAGGGUAAUUUAGUCCGUUGUCUUUACCCAAAAACGUUACUACUUCUCCAUAAAGAUCUUUUACGACAA